GUUGAUCAAGCAUAACAUUUCUUUAAAAUGACUCUAAAUGAUAAAGAAAACUUUAGAAAUGGAUCAAGAUUUGAAGCUCCAUGGAUCAUGGGCAAGUCCAUAUUCAUUAAGAAUAAUAUGGGCUCUUAAAUUAAAGGGCUUAUUAUAUGAAUAUAUAGAAGAAGAUCUUGCAAAUAAAAGUGAUUUGCUUUUGAAAUAUAAUCCUAUUUUCAAGAAAAUUCCAAUUCUUGUUCAUGAUGGAAAACCAAUUUGUGAAUCUAUAAUCAUUCUUGAAUAUCUUGAUCAAAUAUGGCCAAAUCAAUAUCCAUUGUUACCAAUUGAUUCUUAUCAAAGAGCUUUGGCUAGAUUUUGGGUGAAUUAUUUUGAACAAAAGAGUGUAUCUCUUUGGAUGAUAUUUAGAUCAAAAGGGGAUGAACAAGAAAAGGCAGUGAAGGACAGCUUGGAAAUGUUGAAAAUUAUAGAAGAAAAUGCUUUUAAAAAUCAGAAAAAUAAUAUAUUUUUUAUUGGAGGAAAAAUUGGGAUAGUGGAUAUAUCUUUUGGAUGGAUUUGUCAUUGGCUUAAAAUUAUAGAAGAUGUUGGAGGUGUCAAAUUAAUUGAAGAAAAUUCAUUUCCUAAUUUGCAAAAUUGGAUGAAAAAAUUCAAAGAAGUGCCUUUGAUAAAAGAAAGUCUACCUAAUCACCAAAAAUUGUUUUUGCCUUUUAAACUCAUAAGAGACAUGUUGUUAGCAUCUUGAUUUUUGUUUGAACAAAUUGUAUGAAAAUAAAUAAAUGAACUUGCCUAUGUUUUACGUUGCUGGUUUCAAGUUCGAAUAGUCAUAGUAAAUUGAUGAUUAAUGUAUAAUUAAGUAAUUUCAUACCAAAUUUGGUUUAUUUGGGAUUGAGACAUAAGUAUUGUUGUUGUAUUUGGUGUUGGUAUUGUUAUAUUUGUGUAUAGACAUGUUCUCUAGUUAAAUUUGAU